AUGAGGCUCUCUACUAUUCAGGCCGCCGUCAGCUCGGCCUUGAUUCUGCUGUCCGCCCAGCCCGCUGAAGCGCAUGAUGGCUCUCACCGCCACCUUCACCAGUUGAAGAGAGGUCUCGGCCCUAACGAGAGGAUUGAGACGCUUGCCGAGAGGACUCUCGUGGAGAGGACUUCCGACGGCAAGGCUAUCUGUAGUCUGCCCAGCGAUGGCGAUCUGGUCAACGUGCCAGGUGCCUCCAACAAAGGCUUCGCUAUGAGUCCCGAUCAGGCUUGCGUUGAAGGAAGCUACUGCCCGUUUGCAUGCAAGCCGGGCAAGGUUAUGGCGCAAUGGGAGCCGGGUUCGUCCUACACGUAUCCGUCUUCAAUGAACGGUGGCCUCUACUGUGGAUCUGACGGCAAGGCCGUGAAGCCCUUCAAGGACUCACCUUACUGCGUCGAUGGCGCUGGAACUGUUGAGGUCUACAACAAUUGCGGCAAGACCUUGUCGUUCUGUCAGACUGUUCUACCCGGCAACGAGGCCAUGCUCAUUCCCAGUGUCAUUGACAAGUCCAUCACCCUUGCUGUUCCCGACCCCAGCUACUGGUGCAGCACAAGUGCUCACUACUACGUCAACCCACCUGGUGUUACGGAUGAGGGCUGUAUCUGGGGUGACUCAUCAAAGGCUGUCGGCAACUGGGCUGCCUACGUUGCAGGCGCCAACCAGGAUAGCCAAGGGCGCACUUUCGUCACUCUUGGUUACAACCCCAUCUGGGAGGGUUCGGCCCUCAGCAGCACGAAGCCAACCUAUGGCGUCAGGAUCGAAUGCCCCGGAGGUGGUUGCAACGGUACCCCUUGCGAAAUCGACCCCUCUUCCAGCGCAAUUGGAGAUGUCACCAGCAACCUUGCUGGCACUGGCGCUGGCAACGCCAAGUACUGCGUCGUUACUGUCCCCAAGGGAAAGAAGGGCCGCAUUGUCGUCUUCCCUCUGGACGGUUCUGGUGGCAGCAACUCGGAUGCGGAUGAAAAAAAGGAUGACAAGGUCGAGAUCAAGGUGGCCAAGUCUACACCGUCCCCGACGCCGACUCCGACUCCCACUCCCACUCCUACGCCGACGCCUACGCCGACGCCGACGCCGACCCCGUCAUCGUCAUCGUCUUCUUCCGUUGCUCCGACCUCCAAGAGCUCAAGCGCCAAACCCUCCAGCUCCGCUUCUUCUGCUCACUCCAAGACUGCAACUGCCACCGUCAUCCCCGGUAUCUUCCACGAGAACGACAACUCAACGACUACGUCUGUUGAUUCCGAUGAUUCCGACGUGACGACUUCUAAGCCGACUGCCGCCACCGAGACGGAAGAGUCCGCCCCCGCGACCACCUCGAAGGAGAACGAAGGCGCCAAGCAGGGUGGUGGCGCUGUUGCCGGUCUCAUCAUCGCGGUUGUUGCGGCUACUUUCCUGUACUGA